CAUAAACAAAUAGGCAGAAAGAUUUAAGGUGUUAACAUUGCCACCGUCGGGUGUGCUGGGUUGGUCGCCUAAUUGCCUUACAAUAUUAUUGUGGCAUUGUGGCGACCUGCAUUAUUUGCCAAACUGCGAUCAAGUGUAAAGGGUGAUUUGUAUUUGAAAAAAAAUGGCAACGCCAAGGUCUAUGUACGCUUUGUCACCGGGACUUUGCUCAGUUCUUCAGAGCGCUGUUGAACGUGCUAAUGAGUUAUCUGCUAAUCCCACUAAACGGCGUGAAUUUAUGUGCCGCUUUGAUAGUGAAUUCGCAAGUGCAACGACCGAAGCACGUUAUCAGAAUUUAUUUAGAAAAAUUGUUACCUGGUUACAAAAUAUUCCUAAUCUGGACAUGCCACAACGCGUUGAGGAGUUACGAAUGGCGGAACUAGCUGGUGCUGGCAUUCUGGUGAUAAUUAAGCUGCAUUGUGCCGAGGUACAGCCAUCGUUUGAAGACUUACUUGAUCAAAUCGAGGAUGCGUUUAGUGCGCGCCUUAUGGCAGCUCAAACUAAAGCAUCAAAACCGCCAUCAGAAGACAUCCCAUCCCACAUCCUAAAAGAGCGUCCCGGUUCUCUGGCCAGUAUACUUAAGGAAGCAGGAAAGAAAGCAGCUGCAAUUUCUGCCCAAAUAGAAGAAUCACUGGUGGAUGCAGAAAGACGCGACGCUGAAUCUCAACUUGAUGUAACAAGUGCGAAUGUUGUCCCUGCAGAACAGGUAACGCUACCUGAAGAUUAUGCGAUCGAUCUGGACGACAACGAAUUUUUCACCGAUAUCAACGAUCUUUUGGAAGACGAUGGGUUCGGAGCACCACUUAGUAUUCCGCAAGUGGUUGUGACUUCGCCGCCUGAAAAAUCAACAGUGUUUGAAACGUCUUCCGGCUUUGACAUCUACGCCAAUGAGGCGACACUGCAUGUUGACGUAACGCAGCUACUAGAAACAAAGGUGGUUGUUGGGGAACAACAUCCACCCGCAGACUCUUUCGUGCUGGAGCCGCUGGACACGAGACCAGUUCCUCCAAGCAGGCAACCUCGUAAACGCAUCGUUUCUGACGCAACGACAAAAUUAACUACCCUGGACCUGCAAAGACAAAUUCAAGACACUUCAGAUAUUGUGAGAAGCCUGCCCGAUGAUCGAGCAGCGGUUAUUAGAAACAUACGAGGAUGGAAAACGGCGGCCGAACUUCUGCAUCAUGGCUCCAAUGUGCCGCGGAAAGGGAGUACCCUACAAAAUGAAGUGUUGGAGGCGAUGAAUUUACCAAAGCGGGUUCAACCAACGCCUGCUAAACAGGCUCCGAUGGGUGACGAAGGAACAAUGCAAACCGAUCACGAGGACGACUUAGGACAGUCGUCGUUGGUUGUUCCUGGGGAGUCAAUGCGGCAGGAUGAAACGAAUAUUCCGCCGACUGAUGCUCCGAGAGAAACGUUGGAGUCUUCUUCCCUCCCACAAGCUUCACGUAUUGAUACUCCUUCUUUUGAGCCCUUAUCGGCCACUCGAGAAGGUUCUGUUCCCACUAUUUUUGAAGGUUUCCAGGAGAAAACCGCAUCAGAUGCGGCGCUUGCGGGUACACCGCCAGACGCUACAAUGCAAAUUUUCGUCACGGACAUACCUCCAACUGAAAGGUCGAGCGAUGAAGAAACAGUUAUCAUAAGAUCCGAAGAAACCGAGAGGUCAAUUGACGAAGCAAUGCGGAUUAGAAAUAGCCAAGAUCUUAUAACCCGCGCGAUCAGGUGCAACGGCGAAAGAUACACAAACCCGAGAAAUGGAAAAGUUGUUCCCUAUAUAGCUUUCUCAGACAUCCCUAAAACUGGCUUGUGCAACGAAGAUCAUUUACCAACACUUAUGAGUGAUCUUAUGGUCCUGAUUAAGUUAGGAAUCUUCAUAUGCAUCCAACAGGAGACUGCAAACGAAUCCAAUGACCUAUAUAUUUUUCUAAGAAAAAAACAACUGGAGUAAUCAGCCGUAUGGCUGGUUUAGAGCUGUAUUGUCGUACAUUUAACAAUAUGUGUUAAACGGUCUUUGUUUAUAUGUGGCACGUGUAUACGUAUGAUAUUGUGGUUAUAAAUGCAUUUGUGUAUAAUCGUAACUCAAUCGUGAAGAUGUUGCAAAUAGUGUAGCAAUCAUGAUCGAUUUUGUAGAAGCAAAUCUUCACGAUAAAUUGUCUAUUAUAAUUGCGACACAAGGACAAAACUGUGCACAUCAGGUUUAUAAGAUUGACAUAGGUUCUCCAGGCUAGUCGAAUAGAUUUAGUCGGUGUUUUUUUAGAAUACAUAAAAACUCAUUGGCUGUUUUAUGGCACCAGUAUAACACAGGUCCUUUCUCAUUGUAAUUAAUACAACUGCAGUAGUUUAAAUAUAAACUAGGCUUGAUGAUAGGCAUUUGUGGUUCCAAGACUUCAUGUGAGAAUUUCUGUGAUUGAAGAUGUCCCCUGCAAAACUUGUUAAUCCGCCUGAAUCUAAUAUCAUUUAUACUGUUUCUCCUAACGUUAUGUGUCAUAAUCUUAACUAACACUGUAGAUUUCUAAAAUACAAACUCGAAGGUUUGAACAGGACCCAUUUCAUCAAAUUCACUAUUUUUACGUUCCUAUUUUUUUUUUUAAAUCUCGUGUUAUGACAAUUCGUUUUGGAACUCAGCAUGUUCAUUAAUCAAAUUCAGAAGAUUUGUAGCCUAGAACUAACCUUCCCAUAUAUGUAACCAGUACCUGGGCUGAGUUCCAGGUCUGAAUAGUUUCCCUAAAAUUUCAUUAAAAGAUCUUUAUUGCUAUGGUGUAGUGCAUUGUUGACAUCCUUACAGUUACCAAACAUGGUAGAACCAAAUCGGGUCAAAUAAAGGCAUAGAGUCAACCACAAGUAAGAAUAACUUUAAACAAAGUUAUUCUUAUUUGUCCUUUUUUCUACUAAAUACGACUAAAUAAAAUUCUUACGAUUGUCAGAUAUAAUUUGAUACGUCGAAAUAUUUUUAUUCAACAUAUAACGUUAAUGUUAAUGAUUUUUCGUCUUUAAAUAGAUAUAGCUUUUUAGAUCAACAUUUUUUCAUACAUAUCCACGAAUAUAGCUGAUAUUAAAUGGGAUAAUUAGACGUUUUGCCACGACCGUUACUCUUUGCAUUUGCCUAAAUCCAAAAA